AGGGUUACCCACGCGGCGGAUGUGACGCCUGAACCCGCAGCCGUGACAUCACUACGGGUAUAAAUCCCCCGGCGGAAGCCGCGCUCUCUCUUUGCCCUAAGCCUCCGAGAGGAGAAUAUGGCGCCGCAGAAGGCUAAAAUGGUGCAGAAGGAUAGGAAGACCAAGAAGGCUACAUGGAAGUUCACUCUGGAUCUUACCCAUCCUGUAGAAGAUGGCAUAUUUGAUUCAGUCAACUUUGAACAGUUCCUAAAAGAGAAGGUGAAAGUAAAUGGGAAAACUGGAAAUCUUGGAAACACUGUUCACAUUGGACGUCUAAAGAACAAAAUAAACAUUGUAUCGGAGAAGCAGUUCUCUAAAAGGUACCUGAAAUAUCUUACAAAGAAAUACCUCAAGAAGAACAACUUGCGAGACUGGUUGCGUGUAGUUGCAUCUGACAAAGAGACCUAUGAACUGCGUUACUUCCAGAUCAGCCAGGAGGAGGAGUCUGAAUCAGAAGAAUGAAUGUCUUUAUAAAAUAAAGAUCUUUAUUACUAUUUA